AUGGCAGAUUCUAAACCAAGAGAUAAAAGCAAUACCCUGGUAGUGGGCAUAUCCGGCCCAUCAUCCAGCGGAAAGACCACCCUAGCCCGCCUCCUGCAGCGGAUCUUUUGCGGGGUGGAUCUGCAGGAACAGGUACCAGGCCCAGGCUCAGAGACAGAAAAAGAAAAACUCAAUACGUUCAUCAUCCACGAAGAUGACUUCUACUAUCCCGAUGACCAAAUCCCCUACACAACCACCAAAUCCGGCGAAAGAAUCCAAGACUGGGACACAGCCGCCGCAAUAGACACCAAUUUCCUCGCGCAAGCCCUCGCCUACGUCCGAGAACACGGAAAACUGCCCCCAAGACUCCAAAGCAAAGAAGACCAGAACGACGAGUCCGACUCCGGCGUGAACAAGGACCUAGUCCUGCGCCUGCGCGACCUUGUAUCCUCGCAACUACUCAGCACAAGCUCCAGCGCCGAGCUCCGCUCCAAACCGCGAACAAUCGCCUUCAUGGAGGGCUUCCUGCUGUACUCCGCGCCCGCAGAAAACACCACCAACAACCAGGCUCCAAGCCCGCUCGACGCAGUCCAGAAACAGAUCCACCUCCCGAUCUUCCUGCCGGCGUCAUACACGAAUGUGAAGAGCCGCCGCGAGGCGCGGAGCGGGUACGUGACUAUCGGGGAAGCGCCGGUAUCAGAAGCGGAAGGACAGGCUGAAUCGAAACAUAAUGAGCCCAUUGACCUCGAGGCGGAAGAUGAUCGGCCGCCGCAGAAUUUCUGGGUCGAUCCGCCGGGGUACGUGGAUGAUAUUGUUUGGCCGCGGUAUGUGGAGGAUCAUGCGUGGUUGCUCGUUGCUGAUGAGAGCGUGGAGGGGGAUUUGGUUGCGAGGGUUGGGGAGGGGACGGAUGUGCGGCUUGAUGCUGGGGUGAGGGUUGCGCCGGGGCGGGGGGAGGCGGGGAUGGAUGCUGUUUUGGAGUGGGCUGUUGAGGAGAUUUUGAGAUUUUAUACUGGGUUCUGA